AUGCCCAAAUUCUGGCCGGCGAAGGACGCGGUGUACGGAAGGUGGACAGGUUACAAUUACGCCCUCAGUUCUGAGGGCAAGGACUUCUUGAGCGCAAGAAGCCACUGUCGCAACCACAGCAGCCCGGAAAUUAAGGUCGACAUGCUCGGUGAUGCGUCUGAGCCGCUGGUCAAUCGUGUUCUCAGCGAAAUAAGGGGAAAUAGGGUGGAGCACAACAGGGUAUGGAGACAACUAGGCGGUCUUUCCACUGGAAGCAAUAUGACCAAGUGCGCGGUCUAUGAUUUCACGAUUGGACAGACGGCAUUUGCAUCCUGCAAGGAGCGCUUUCAUUACGUCUGCUUCAAGAAAAAAGAGCUCGAUCAGAAGACCAACCCGAAAUCGUAUUGGUAUUUGCUGUUACAGGAUAGUUCAGCAGUUGGCGCCACAGUGAGUGUCCGUCUGCUUGGCAUGUCCGCUCUCCUCUCGGCAUCAUUUCGAUGGAUUGGAUUCUAA